GGAACUACUACUACUAUGCCACUGACCAACUUCAUUCAUAGACGAUGGGUUCUCCCUCCUCCAAAAAGGAAAAGGAAUGGUUGGGAGUGAGUUUCAAGCCGGAGAACUUAAUACCGGGCCUGAUAAUCGGGUUCAUAUUGGGUUUUUUCUUCGAUUUGUCGAACCAAUCUAAAACCUCUAAUCCCAAACAAAUUCGCAACAAUCAACAAAACAAUAUGUCCACCAACUCCGACCAAGAACUCAAAAUGGUAUUAGUAGUUAGGCAAGACCUGAAAAUGGGAUCCGGGAAAAUCGCUUCUCAAUGCGCGCAUGCUGCCACUGGAAUGUACUCCGAACUUAUUCAAAGCAAUCGGUCACUUGUAAGGAAAUGGGAGCUCUGCGGGCAAGCCAAGAUAGUUGUUACAUGUAAGAAUCAGCAAGAAAUGAAUAAGCUGAAAGAAGCUGCCGAGAGUAUUGGCCUUCCGACUUUCACAGUCGCUGAUGCAGGACGUACCCAGGUUUCGGCUGGGUCGAAGACGGUUCUUGCUAUUGGACCCGGAAAUAAAUCUGCUGUUGAUUCGGUAACUGGGAAGUUGAGGUUGCUGUGAUAAUUCUGGCUAUCUAUUUAUAUAUUAUUAUUUAUUUAUAAUAUUCUUAGAGAAUUAAUUACCAUUGUUCUUAUGUAUAAAUUCUCUUUAGCUACUAAUAUAUAGGGCCUUGCUAUGAAUUUCUGAAGGCUAUUAUUGCAAAACAAAUUUUCAUCUUCUUUUUAUUUCUUGUGUUUAUAUAUUUAUUUAUCUUUCUUUA